AUGUAUAAGCAAUUGAGUGAGCAACAGGCUAAGACCAAUUGGUCUCAUUUUGUAUGGAAUAGAUUCACCAUUCCAAAACAUAGGGUCAUUCUUUGGUUGGCUCUGCAGGACAGGUUAAAAACUAAGGCCAAGUUGUUCCCUUAUGGGGUUACUGAUGAUGAUCUGUGUGCUCUCUGUGGCUUACAUACAGAGAAUAGCUCUCAUCUGUUUUUCUCCUGUCACUACAGCACUGAAUGUUGUAGGAAAGUUCUUCACUGGUUGGGGUUCAACACUCACAGAACAAGCUUGUUCAUGAUCCUCAAAUGGGCUCAUAGGCAUUGUGUGGGUGGUUUUAGAAGGAGAGUUUGUUAUGCUGCUGUUGCAGGGGUGGUUUAUCAGAUUUGGAAGGCAAGAAAUUCAGCAAUUUGGGAUGCUAAGGUUCCAUCUUUGGAUAGCAGUGUUAACUGUAUUCAGUCUGAUGUUAGACACAGAAUUAAGAGUAUCCUAGGUAGGAAAGUGAGUACUAGAGAUAAGGAUUGGUUAUAUUCCUUGUAA